AGUGGGAGUUGCGUCAUGGUGGGUCAUGCUUCCACGCCUCAAACACCUCAAACGCCUCAACGGAAAGCUCAGUCGAGCCUUGCAAACUGGUCCAUCAGGUUCCUCAAUCCGCUGGUGGUCGCUUCUUCUUCCACCUUGGCAAACACGCUUGACGGUAUGAGUCAUCGGUUCGCGUCGUACCGAAACAGUGUAUGAGUGGUUCUCCGGUGCGUAGAAAGUAAUCGCGGGAUAGUGGCGAUCCGUAAAACCGGAUACAAAUUCAAUCGAUCGUGUGUAGUGUGCCAAACGUUUUGUUUUAGUGUCUCAGUUCCGUGGUGUAGUAGGAAUCAGUAUGAAUGUGACGAUCGUUGGCGUGCUUGCCGUGAUGCUCGGCUUCCUCAGCAUACCAUCGGCCGAGGGAUGUGCCACGGAAUGCGAGCAGCAUCAGUACUGCAACGAAAAUAACAACCGUUGCCAGGAUUGCCGUGUUCUGUGCGAUAAGGAUGAGCUUAGCUGCCCUCACAAGUGUCCAGAUUACCUGUUGCGCUCGCUUCGGCAACAAGUGGUCACCAUGCAGUCCGAUCUGUGGAUGUACAAGAUCGUGUUUUUUGUGGUGAUGUCUCUGUUUGGUCUGGCCAUAGUGGCUCUACUCGCCUACAAGCAUUGGUCGGUGUUCGACUUUUCGCGCUGCCCACCGCAGGGCAAACCAUCGUCCUCGGCCGGUGCCGGACCGGUCGGUUACACGCACGAGAAUCCGCACACGAAAAGCCCCAAGCUGGCGGUCAAGAAUGGUGCCGCCGGCAUACCGAAGCAGCAACAGCAGGUGGCUCCGUCUGUCGCACUCAGCAUCUAUCCGGAGACGGAAGCGGAAACGUCGGUUCAAACCGGCACGACCUCGAUCAGCCACCGGUAUCCGGCGGAGGACUCAACCGAGAGCUACUCGUACGAUAAUGCGGCCUGCAAUGUAACACCGACCAGCGUGGCACCGAUGCCCAAGUAUUAGCUGGCCACCGGAGAUCCAGUACAUCAAUGUGUCGAGGGAUGGAUCGUCGGGCUGCUACCUUAAUCUCAUCACAUCACCUCCUGUCGUAACACAGUAAGCGUGUGUUCGGUACUUAAUGGCCGGUGCUAUGGGCCAACGUGCAGUGUCUGCAUGAAGCACUCAAGCAGGCGUGUGCUCUACCUACUUCUCGCGUGAUCUUCACAACUACUUUAUGACGCCAACACAGUUUUCUGCAGUUACGUUCUAGUCUAGGUUUUAGCCUUCUCUAAAUUGUAUUCGUUCGAUUGAAAAGGACCUUGGUUAGGAUGUAAGGACUUUUACAGUGCAACGUAAGAUAUUAGUAGCCCCGCGGGUUGCUAUCCUUGAGCCCUCUAUUGCUUUGUUCGUAGACAACUCUCCGUAAUCGAUUCGAAGGGCUCAAUAAUAGUUUUCUUUCGGCCCAGCAUCAGCUGGAUGGUUCAUCGUACUAUUUGUUAUUAUAGCUGACACAGUGUUACACUUCGUGAAAGGAAUCUCUUUAUUAUGGCUAUAAUUGCGCUAGUGUAAUCCAUCAAACACACUCGUCCACGUAUUGCGCGUACGAUACUAGGCAACUGCAUGCAUCCCCGCAUCUCCAUUUCGUGUCUUGCGGAGUGUUAAGUUCGUUUUAGCUACAUAGUUGCUCCUGCCGUAGGAGAAUUACAGAUACUAUAUCUGUAUGUAUAUCUAAGAUACUGACUAUGCACCGGUAUGUAAGUUCGUCGGAUCGUUCGUAGUGCAUGGCGCAAUCGAUUGCAUAGCAAGUCGACUCGGGUGGAAAGCAAAGGUCCUUCUGCCAAUAUGGCCACCAGACCCCACCACCAUAAUCAAGCGUUACAGUGUGUGUUUUCGUAAAUAGAAUAGCGAGACAAAUUGGAA